UUUUGGAACCAUAAAAAAACAAGUAAAAAAGAAAAGAAAAUAGUUGGCUCCAUUCAGUGCAUCUCUCCGCUCCCUCUUGCUCUCCAAGAAAACUCAAUUCAAAGACGGUUCAAACCCACAACUAAAAAAUAGAAAAGUAAUCCCAGCAAGUGUAUCUAUAACUACUGCAUGUGUAUAUAUAUCCCCAGGAAAUGUUGGUCCCUAUAAAAUAACAAACCAACACCCCCCCAAUCUACUUGGAGAGGAGUUCAAUUGAAUUGAACUUUGAAGAAGGGCAGCAGCAGCCUUAUAAAGGAAAAUUCCAGAUUUUCCUCCACACCAGAAAAAGCAAAGGGUUCGUCGGUCCUUUUGCUGCAACUGACCUAGUUUUGAUAGAUCAACCACAGAGCUAGGCUUAUAGCUUGACAAUCUUGUAACACAUCAACCUUGAAGAGGAGAAGGAUAACAAACCUGAAGUUGGUAAUAUGGGGCAGGAGAAGGAGUUGGCUGGUGAUGGAAAUAUGCAGGAGCUCAACACAUCAAAAAGAGUUGAACUUGAAACAGAGGCGGUGGGGACAAGUUCCGCCACAAACGGGGGUCAGCUUGACACGGAACAGAAGAAGAGUAAGAAAGAGGACAGCGCAAAAACAGUUCCAUUUUACAAGUUGUUCUCAUUUGCAGACUCUGUAGAUGUGGUCUUGAUGAUUGUUGGUACAAUCGGUGGUGUUGGAAAUGGUGUUUGCAUGCCUCUUAUGACUAUACUUUUUGGCGAACUAGUUAAUUCUUUCGGAGAGAACCAGAACAACGACGACGUUGUUCACGUAGUAUCUAAGGCAUCGUUGAAAUUCGUCUAUUUGGCUUUGGGGGCUGGUGUUGCAGCAUUCCUCCAGGUUUCUUGCUGGAUGGUUACGGGAGAGCGACAAGCUGCAAGAAUAAGGAGUCUUUAUUUGAAAACUAUAAUGAGACAAGAUAUAGCUUUCUUUGACAAAGAAACGAAUACAGGAGAAGUUGUGGGUCGGAUGUCAGGUGACACUGUUCUCAUUCAAGACGCUAUGGGUGAGAAGGUAGGAAAAUUUAUACAGCUGGUCUCUACAUUUUUGGGAGGCUUUGUGAUAGCAUUCAUCAAGGGUUGGCUCCUUACGCUUGUCUUGUUAUCCUCCAUUCCUCUACUUGUAAUAGCUGGUGGAGCCACUUCUAUCUUCAUAUCCAAAAUGGCAUCCAAUGGGCAAAAUGCUUAUGCUAAAGCAGCCAUUGUGGUUGAACAAACCAUUGGCUCAAUUCGAACGGUUGCUUCAUUUACUGGGGAGAAGCAAGCUGUAAAUAAGUACAACAAAUCUCUCGUGGAUGCUUACAAGUCAGGUGUUAAUGAAGGCUUAGCUGCUGGAUUGGGUUUCGGAGCAGUUAUGUUUGUCGCAUUCUGCACUUACUCUUUAGCUAUAUGGUUUGGUUCAAAGAUGAUAUUAGACAGGGGAUACACCGGAGGUGACGUGCUCAAUGUAAUUGUUGCUGUGCUGACUGGUUCCAUGUCUCUUGGGCAGGCAUCUCCGUGCAUUAGUGCAUUUGCCGCAGGUCAAGCUGCAGCAUUCAAGAUGUUUGAGACAAUAAAUAGGAAGCCCGAAAUAGAUGCAUAUGACAUAAAAGGCAAGAAAUUGGAUGAUAUUCGUGGUGAUAUAGAGUUGAGGGAUGUUUGUUUUAGUUAUCCAACCAGACCAGAUGAGCAAAUAUUCAGUGGAUUCUCGCUUUCCAUCCCAAGUGGCAUGACAGCAGCUAUGGUCGGACAAAGUGGUAGUGGAAAGUCAACAGUUAUCAGUCUGAUACAGAGAUUUUAUGAUCCACAAUCUGGGGAAGUCCUCAUAGAUGGUAUUAAUCUCAAAGAGUUUCAGCUCAAGUGGGUUAGGGAGAAAAUCGGUCUAGUUAGCCAAGAGCCUGUGUUGUUUACGUGCAGCAUCAAGGACAAUAUUGCAUAUGGGAAAGACGGGGCAACUGUAGAAGAAAUUAAAGCAGCAGCCGAGCUGGCGAAUGCUUCUAAAUUCAUUGAUAAACUACCUCAGGGAUUGGACACCAUGGUGGGUGAGCAUGGAACCCAAUUGUCUGGUGGGCAGAAGCAAAGAGUUGCGAUAGCCAGGGCAAUUCUAAAGGACCCACGGAUUCUACUCUUAGAUGAAGCUACAAGUGCGCUCGAUGCAGAAUCUGAGAGGAUUGUGCAAGAGGCAUUGGACCGGAUAAUGGUAAAUAGAACAACAGUCAUUGUUGCCCAUCGUCUUAGCACAAUAAGGAAUGCCGACAUGAUUGCAGUGAUUCACCGGGGAAAGAUAGUUGAAAAAGGCUCACACUCAGUACUUCUUGAGGAUCCCGAAGGAGCUUAUUCUCAACUUAUACGAUUGCAAGAAGUGAGCAAAGAUUCCAAACAGGCUGCAGUGGACCAACACAAAUCAGAUUCUAUAUCGGAAAUAGGUAGACAGUCAAGUCAACGAAUGUCGUUCCUUCGUUCCAUUAGUCGUGGAUCCUCUGGGCCAGGAAAUAGCAGCCGCCACCUCAAAGUAUCAUUUGGUUUACCUACUGGACUCAAUGUUCCUGAAACUACAUUGCCAGAUGCAGAAGAGAGUAGCGUACAAGUUUCUGAAAAGCCUCCAAAUGUACCAAUGCGUCGGCUUGCUCAUCUUAACAAGCCAGAGGUUCCAAUACUCAUAGCAGGAGCUAUCGCUGCAGUCAUUAAUGGCUCAAUACUACCAAUUUUUGGUCUCCUGAUUUCAGAUGUGAUUAAGACAUUCUUUAAACCACCCCAUCAACUAAAGAAAGAUUCAAAUUUUUGGGCCCUCAUGUUUGUCGUCCUUGGAGUAGUAUCAUUAUUAGCAUAUCCAGCACGUUCAUACUUAUUUUCUUUGGCUGGUUGUAAGCUGAUAAAAAGGCUCCGAUCAAUGUGUUUUGAGAAAGUGAUUCAGAUGGAGAUUAGUUGGUUUGAUAAGCCUGAGAACUCCAGUGGAGCGAUUGGUGCUAGGCUCUCUGCGGAUGCAGCAACUGUUCGGGCUUUAGUGGGAGAUGCUCUUGCUCAGCUUGUUCAAGACUCUGCUUCAGCAAUUGCUGGAUUAGUCAUUGCUUUCACAGCAUGUUGGCAGCUGGCAUUUAUUGUCCUUGCUUUGAUACCUCUCAUAGGAGUGAGUGGUUAUGUUCAAUUGAAGUUCAUGCAAGGGUUCAGUGCAGAUGCAAAGAUGAUGUAUGAAGAAGCAAGCAAAGUUGCAAAUGAUGCUGUUGGAAGCAUAAGAACGGUUGCUUCUUUCUGUGCCGAAGAAAAAGUCAUGCAACUAUACAAAAAGAAAUGUGAAGGACCUAUGAAGACAGGCAAAAGGCAGGGAGUAGUUAGUGGGAUAGGCUUUGGGAUAUCUAUUGCCUUGCUAUUUUUAGUCUAUGCAACUAGCUUCUACGCUGGAGCAAAGCUAGUUGAGGCCGGGAAAACAACAUUUGCUGAUGUUUUUCGUGUUUUCUUUGCCCUAACCAUGGCAGCCAUGGCAAUUUCUCAAUCAAGUGGCUUAGCCCCAGAUUCUACUAAAGCUAAGGGUGCUGCAGCUUCUAUAUUUGCGAUUCUUGAUAGGAAAUCAAAGAUAGACCCCAGUGAUGAGUCUGGGAUAACUCUAGAAAGUGUAAAAGGAGAAAUUGAGCUUCGUAAUAUAAGCUUCAGGUAUCCAUCAAGGCCAGAUGUUCAGAUCUUCCGUGACCUCAGUUUAAACAUUCACAGUCGCAAGACGGUAGCUCUAGUUGGAGAAAGUGGAAGUGGAAAAUCAACAGUGAUAGCAUUACUGCAAAGAUUUUAUGAUCCCGAGUCAGGUCAUAUUACGCUUGACGGCGUUGAACUCCAAAAGCUGCAAUUGAAGUGGCUGAGACAGCAGAUGGGUUUGGUUAGCCAAGAGCCCGUCCUGUUCAAUGAAACAAUACGUGCUAACAUUGCCUAUGGCAAAGAAGGAAAUGCAACAGAGGCGGAAAUUCUAGCUGCAUCAGAGUUGGCAAAUGCCCACAAGUUCAUUAGCGGAUUACAACAGGGGUAUGACACGAUAGUAGGGGAGCGAGGAGUGCAAUUGUCUGGGGGGCAAAAGCAACGGGUUGCCAUAGCGCGUGCCAUGGUGAAAAGUCCAAGAAUACUACUACUAGAUGAGGCUACGAGUGCGUUGGAUGCAGAGUCGGAGAGAGUAGUUCAAGACGCACUAGACCGAGUGAUGGUGAACCGGACCACAGUGGUGGUAGCACAUAGACUAUCCACAAUCAGGAAUGCCGACGUGAUCGCAGUGGUGAAGAACGGUGUCAUAGUGGAGAAGGGAAGGCAUGACACUCUUAUUAACAUUAAAGAUGGUGUCUAUGCUUCCUUGGUAGCCCUUCAUAUGAGCGCUUCAUCAUCCUAAAUUAACCUCGUUCAUUUCUUUCCUUUUGGGGAAAACAGAAUGGGUUUUUUCCGUUAUUUAUAUAUUUUUGGUUGCAUCAGAAGUUUGUUGUUUCGGAUAAAAGAUGUUGGGAAUUAGAGCUAGUGUUUCCUCUCUAAUUGGGUGGAGCCGAAGAAAAUUAAACAUUUAUUGAAUACGUUGUGCACAGAUACAGACAUAGAUGUGUUCGGAAUGUCCGAUGCACUUGAAGUUGUGAACUCUGUGAAGGAACAUUUAUUGAAUACGUUGUGCACAGAUA